UCAGCCUCAAACCCUCCGUGCUUUCUGCAAAGCAGUCAUCCCUCCGAUGCCCAAACUUUGCAGGGCGGAGGCUGCCGGGGCGGGAGCGGGGCUGUGGGAGCAUCGCUGCUGCGGGAUGCUGGCGGUGGGAUCGAUGAUGUCCUCCCCGCUCCCGGCAGCGCCCGCGAUGUGAUUCCUGCCUGCCGGCGGCUCCGCUCCCAGACAAAGGCUGAGCUCAGCGCCCGCGGGCGGCUGGAGCCGGGCUGCUCCCCGCCUUCCCCUGCACCUCCCCGCGAACAUCCAGCAGACGGAUCAAAGCUCAUCUUUUGUCAUCGAAGGGAUUAACUCCCCGGGGAGCAGCGGCGGAGGCUGAGCCUACGCUGCCGGCACGCAUUGCCUGCUUCCCAGCACGCUCAGGAGUUUCGGAGCCAACCUCCCGGCAGCUAAUCCCCCUCGCUGCCGGGGCCGGGAGGCUGGGAAGAGCCGGCAGGUGAAGGGGCAGGAGGGCAGAGAGCGGGGAGGAGUGUCACACGCACCCCGCACGCCGGGCAGCGGCUGCGGAUCGGCGGCUGCGUGCGGGAGCUCCGCGGGGACCCAGCCCGCAAUGAAACGGGCUGGAGCAUCAGGCGGGAGGAUCUGUGCGCUUGGAAAAGUCUUUAAGGUAAAACCCGACACCGGCCGCUCCUGGACUGGGCUGGGGACCGGGUGCUGAGCUCUCUGCCGGCAUGCUCGCUGUCUCUGACUUGGUUCUGUCUUUAAAGGAAUCGAUCGGGAGAUGCCGGUAGAAGAAGUUGCAGAAAGCCAAGCCGGAAUGGCCGGGAGCUGCGCGCCGCCGGCCCGGUCGCACGCCGGAGCAGCUGAACUUUGUGGGGUCUGAGCGUUCUGAACGUUCUGCGAACGCUCUGGGCAGCGCUAACGGGAGAGCCAGGACCGCACCGCGCACCCCGAGCCUGGGGCAGAGCCACGCGGGGAUUUCUGUCUCUCCAAGGACCAUCGCCUCUGAAAAAGAAAAAAAAGCUGGAGAAGGGCAAUUUAUCUUUCUUUUCCAGAUGACUGAAAAUAUCUACCGGGUCCUGUCUCUCUGGUUUUCGUCGGUGAGUAGCAUAAGGGACAGGCGGCUGAGGAACAAAAAUGAUAUCGGUCAAAAUCAUUCCAGCACCUACUUUUUACUAAGGAACUUCAUGCCCGUAGGGGUUUUCUGGAGGCAUUUCCAGGAGUGAGACGAGGUACCACAGAUGCAUCCCUACGGGAUCAUGUAAGAAUUUGCAAAUGAGAAACGUACCCCAUCCCGACCUUCUCUGCCCGCUUUGCAGUACAUGGUUUGGUGUAAGCACAGCAAUUCUCACCUCUUUCUCUCCCUUUUAAGUCUCUUGAGCUUGGAGACCUCUUUCCUCAUUGCAAUUAUGAUUAUUUGCAACAUCAGUGCCAUCAAAGAUUGGAGCACUUUCCUUUCCCAAAUCCUCCCCAGCGUUAACAAGACUCUGAACUUGGUACAGCAAGUGGAAGCCACCACCAGCUCGGUGGUAAGUGUCCUCCAGGACCCCGAACAGGACAGCUACCUGUCCAAUAGCCAGUCCAUGAACUCCAGCAACUUCACAGCUGGCCUGGACCACUUGUUCCAGUACUCAUACUCGGACAAUGACCAGCUCUACAAGGAGUACAAGCCCCCUCCUCGAGACGCCAUUCCUCUGCCCAAGGCUGUCCUCUACCUCCUCAUGGCAGCCCUGGUGGUGGUGGCAGUGGCGUAUGCCAUCGUCGGGCAUCUCAUCAAGGACCUCAUUUACGACUUUGUAGAGUGGAUCUUUGGCCCCAGCCCGGAUGACAACAGCAACAAGAGCGACAUCAACUGCAUCAGCAACAGCGUCAACGAGAUGAGCGAGAUGCCCGAGGCGCCGCGGCACCGGGAGCGGCAGCCCCAGGACGUGGUCAUCGCCAUCGGCGAGAGCUGCCACCUGCCCCAGCAGACGUGACCGGCGCCAGGCCGGGCCGGGCGGGAUGGAGCAGCACGAUGGAGAGGAGGCAUGGAGCAGAAGGAUGGAGCAGUGACACAGUGCAGCAGCCGCCUCGCAGGGCCGGGCAGGGAGAGCAAGGGAUGGGCAGAGCCGGCGCCGUGGAGCAAAGCCCUUCUCCCCCUGGUUUUACCAGCCUGGAAGGACCUUGCGGGGGUGGGUGGCAUCACCCUCUCUCCCAGGCUUGUCAGCCCUGUCCUGACGUCUGCCCUUGGGUUUGUGACCCCUUCUUUGUUCCCUGUGAAUAGCAAAAAAGAAAAAGCAAAUGCAAAAUACAGCCACCAGACAAAG